AUGAUCACAAGGGGCAUAGAUCCUGAUACCAUUACUUAUAACUCUUUGAUAGAUGGGUUGUGCAUUGAAAACCGCUUAGAUGAAGCCAACCAGAUGGUGGACGUGGUGAUGGUUAGCAAGGGAUGUGAUCCUGAUAUAGUGACGUUUAAUAUCCUCAUUAACGGGUACUGUAAGGCUAAACUGGUUGACGAGGGGAUGAGAGUUUUCCGUGAGAUUUCUCUGAGAGGGUUGGUUGCUGAUACAGUCACGUAUAACACUCUUGUUCAAGGGUUUUGUGAAGCGGGGAAACUCGACGUUGCUAAAGAACUCUUCCAAGAGAUGGUUUCUCAAGGUGCUCGUCCUGAUAUUGUGACGUACCGUAUUUUGCUGGAUGGGUUGUGUGACAAUGGAGAACUACAAGAAGCAUUGGACAUACUUGAAAAAAUGCAAAAGUGUAAGAAAGGCUCAUUGUCUGAAGCGGAUAAGUUGUUUAGAAAGAUGGGAGAGGAGGAUGGGACUGCGCCAAGUGAGUGUACAUACAACACACUGAUCCGAGCUCAUUUAGGAGGUAGUGGUGUAGCCACUUCAGUUGAACUCAUCGAAGAAAUGAAGAGGUGUGGGUUCUCUGCAGAUGCUUCCACCAUGAAGAUGGUUAUUGACAUGUUAUCUGAUGGUAGAUUGAACAAAAGCUUUCUAGAUAUGCUUUCUUGAAUGAUCUUAUCUUCAUCUAUGAGAAAGUCCUGAGCAGUGUUUUAUGAUGCUAAUUAUUAGAAACUUAAUGUUUAACAUGUAAACAGAGCGUGAUGCCUUCUUCGUUUUCA